CCGCUUUCUAUCUACUACUACUACUACACCAAACACCAACCAACACCAACACCAUGUCUGAAGUCGCCAACGCUGUCCUCUACAAGCCCAACGAGCACGCCGACGAGUACCAAGUCUUUGUCGACGACGUUGCCGAGGUAUGUGUAUUGAUACUAGCCAUUGCUGGGCGCUCCUUUGAGGACUAUGCUGAUCGUCUUGCAGUAUGAGGCCUGGAAGGGAGGUGCCAAGGACAUUGCUCUUUCCCGCUUCCUCGGUAUCUUCUCCAUCUUCAAGUCUGCCACCUCUGGACACACUGGUUCCCUCGGUGCCAUCUCUAAGCAAGAGGUUGAGAAUGUUUUCUUCGGUGACGACAAGAACGUCAAAGACAAGUCUGUCGAGGCCGCCAUUGUGAUCAUCCUCGAAAACGGCAAGCUGCACAAGGGAGACCUUGCCCACAGCAACAAGCUCAACAAGAACCCCUCUCGUGGAUUAGGCGACACUCGAGCUCCUGGUGCCGCCCAGGGCUCUCACCGCUAGACGCCCCGAGACUUGUCUUGGGUGGGCGAAGUGAAUAGAUGUUGUAUACAUUACAGAAGAAAUAAGUAGUCGUAAGAAGCAAAUCAAUAGAUACCCCGGAACUUUUUGGGCAUCAUGAACCAUCUGCAUGCAAAGCAUUGUGACUCGA